AUGUCAUUCCAGGCACAGUACGACGAGUACCAGCAGACGUUGCAGUCGUUGCAGGACCACGUUGUCUCGUUGGAGAGCCAGCUCUACGAGCACGAGAUCGUCGUCGAGACGUUGAAGGGGGUGCCGGCCGAAAGACGGGCGUGGCGGCUUGACGGCGGGGCGGUUGGCAGCUCGUCUGGGGCGUUGGUGGAGACGAAUGCCGGAGAGGCCCAGAAGAAGCUCGAGGAGACGAUCAAGGGGUUGAAGCAGCUCCGGGAGAAGCUCGAGAAGGAGGCUGCCGGGGUGAAGAAGGAGUUCGAGGAGUGGCGGGUGAAGCACAACGUGAAAGUGGUGCGGUCGAGGUGA